AGAUGGUGAGUUAGAAAAGAUUUUGCUGAGUGCUGACAAUCUAAUUUCUCCAUGGCUGUAAUAAAUAUAUGCAUCUCAGGGAGAGAUGACUGCAAUUACUGGAUUCAUAGUGAAAAUGGAACCUACACUGUCAAAUCAGGCUACAAGGAACUGUGCAAAGGGUUAACUGAUCAAGAGGAGAGAAGAGGAGCUGAGGGAGAAACCAGCUCAGCUAAAUCUGGCAGGAAAACCUGGAAGGUACUGUGGAAGCUGGACGUCAAGUGCAAGCUAAAACACUUUAUUUGGAGGUGUAUCAAUGGAGCAUUACCAGUCAAUGGACUAAUACCUUGAAGAACUCAGACUGGUGAUCCAAUCUGCAAAGGAUGCGGAGAGCAAGAGGAAUCUAUUGAUUCCAUUGCAGAAAAGCUCAAGAGGUAUGGAAAAUGUCAUCAAUACAAUGGGAUGGAGUAGUAGAGCAUACAGGGAACUUUUUAGCUUGGUGGAAUGCUGUUAUGGGAGCAACAAGCAGGAUAAAUGGCAUGGCCCAUAUAGAGUUGACAGCCAAUAUACUCUGGCAAAUCUGGAAAAAUAGAAAUGAUUGGAAUUUUAAUGCCAAACAAAGACAUCCAAUGAAAGCUGUUCAAAAGGCACAACAGGAAUGGCAGGAGCAGGUAACAGUCAGAAGAAAGAAUGAGAGAAUGAGCUCCGCUGAUAUCAGUGGAGCCAGGGAAGAGCCAGUAGCAGUAGAAGAGGGGAGUGCAGAUAUUCAAAUCCGAGUAACAACUCAAGUGCAGAAAGAUUCAAGCAGAGUUGGGAUGGGGAUCAUUGCAACUAACAGCAAAAAACAGGUGGUAAUAGCUUGGGCACUUAAUGAUAGAACCUCAGGAAGUCAACUACAGGUUACUGCUAAAGCUGUUAAGCUGGCCAUCAUCAAGGCCAAAAAACAGCAGUGGCAGGAAAUUAAAGUACGUAUCCCCAUCAUCCAAGUGCUGAAGGAGAUAACAUCAAGGAAAACCAGGGACAUCAGAAUGGCAACAUUAAUCGAUGAUAUCAACAAUCUGAGGUCCUUAUUCCAGAAAUGCUCCUUUUGUUUGGAUAGGAUUAUAGAUCAUAGAUGUAAAUUGAUUAAUGAUUAUGCUUUAGACAUCUUUCAAGAUGAGGAAUGGAUUAAUCCUCAGUGUACUUUGCACUUUUGUAUAGCAUCACUUGAGCCUUUGCUCAUAUAAGUGUACAUCUUUUGCCCAUCAAUACAAAUUAUAUCGUCGCUGAAAAAAAAAGUAAUAAAUAUAUGCAAGUAUCUAGGUCAGAGCCCAAGAGACCGACAAGGAAUUCUGUGAAUCUCCAGC